AUGCCGGCGAGGACGCUGCCAACGUUCACGCGUGCAGAAGUUGAGACGCACAAUUCCACCUCCUCGUGUUACGUCACCAUUGGAUCCAAAGUCUACGAUGUCACAGAUUUCAUCGAUGACCACCCCGGUGGUGGAAGCCUGAUUGUUGAUUUCGCUGGUAAAAACGUGGAGGAAAUUCUCAAGGACGAAUCGUCGCAUCGCCACUCGGAAGCUGCCUACGAGGUUCUAGAUGACUCGCUGGUCGGGUUUGUUGUCAGCGACAAGCUCUCAACCGCCAGCAACGCAACCAAGCCGACCGAUGGGACUGCAACGCUGUCAUCUGAAGACAGGCCAUAUGUCCAUCCUCGAACGGGAAUGUCAUGUGAGGAAGAUCUCAGCAAAGACACCGAUGUUCACCAGGACUUCAAGAAGCACAAGUUCUUGGACCUCAGCCGACCGCUGUUUCUUCAAGUCUGGAAUGGAGGCUUCAGCAAGGCGUUUUACUUGGAUCAAGUUCACCGCCCGCGCCACUACAAGGGCGGUGCAUCGGCUCCUCUCUUUGGGAACUUUUUGGAGCCGCUGAGCAAGACUCCCUGGUGGAUGAUUCCUACUCUGUGGCUGCCUUGCGUCAUCUAUGGCAUAUACACUGCAAGCCAAGGUCUCCAGCAUUCCUCCGAGGCUGCCGCCUACUUUGUUUUCGGCGUUUUCUUCUGGACAUUUAUAGAAUACUGCCUUCAUCGAUUCUUGUUCCACCUGGAUGACUACCUCCCUGAUAACCGAGUCUUCAUCACCAUGCACUUCCUGUUCCACGGCAUCCACCAUUAUCUGCCCAUGGACAAGUAUCGCCUGGUCAUGCCGCCCGCUCUUUUCGUCGUUCUGGCCUCUCCUUUCUGGAAACUUUCGCAUGCCAUGUUUUACUACAGCUGGUAUGCUGCCACCAUUGUCUUCUGUGGAGGCAUGUUUGGCUACAUCUGCUAUGACCUGACUCAUUACUUCUUGCAUCACCAAAACCUGCCCCUGUGGUACAAGCAGCUGAAGAAGUACCAUCUUGCCCAUCACUUUCUUGAUUAUGAACUAGGUUUCGGCGUCACCAGCAGGUUUUGGGAUCGAGUUUUCGGCACCGAGCUUCAAACCUCUAUAAAGACCAAGUAG